GCAAGCUAUUUGGCUCUUCAGAGCCUGACGCGGACUUUUAAGUACUGCGUCUUUCAAAACCUCUUCAGGUUCAUCUGCAGUUCCAGCGAUUCCUAUGGCGCCCAUACCGAUAUCGGACGUCCCACCUACCUGGGCAAAUCAUGGUGAUAAGAAUCUCAUUUGCAUUCCAGCCCAGUGGACUUCAGUCAUUCUCUUCUGCUUCGCAAAUUAUCUCGCCCACUGCGCCACGGUUAAGCCUUACCCCGCCGAAACUCUUCGAGAGCUCGGAAUUGCAAUGGGGCUCGCCCUUGUUCUUCCAUCGUCUGGUAUUACCAGAGCAGUGGACUCGAUUAUUCGGCGUUCUAAUUUUCGAAAGCUAAACCAGUUGGAAAAGGCUGCCACUGCUGGGGCACUGUGUAUGGUCAUUCGUGAUAAGUACUGGAGUCCUCAGGAGGGGGAAGUUUUAAGGGAUGAAGACUUCGUCAGAGUCGACCAAAACUUUCAUUACAAGAAAAAGGGGGAUAAAAACACAGAGACUGUUGCUCUGAGCUCACAGACACGAGACUCACAAACAGAGAGCCUUCUUCCUACAAACAACAGCGAGAGAGAGGCCACAAGUCCCGUCGGGUUGGAUUAUGUUGCUUUAGAGACAAUUACCCAGCUGCCAAGUAGAAAAAGUGACGAUAUAGACUCAACAGACGACGCGUAUUGCUUUCGGGUUAGACAGUCAUCAAGUAUGAGAGAAAAUAUUCGCACCAGUCAACACAGUCAAAGCAUCACCAAAAGGCAGUGCCAAGUUCAUGGAGCGUACGAGCUUCCUAAGGGCUACACUCUAGGUUAUGUCCCCAGCGAUGCCGAAGUACUACCUUACAUCAAGCGCGAAGAGAACAAUGAAUUGCAGCAGCCGACUCGCAAUUCAGAUAUCAGAAUUGCUAAUUCGGUACAUAUAUCGUCUUCCUAUAGCUUUACUAAAGCUGCAAUCGCAAUCGUCCAAACUGUUUACGCAUCCACCACCCUCUACCGAGCACGGGGGGAUCAGGUCAGAAUUUACGGGUAUGCUGCCUUUGGAUUGACAGUCGUACCGUAUGUGCUGAUGUCAAUCUUGAACUUAAUCGGACAGAUCGCAUCUUCUGAAUAUCCAACAUUGUACAUGGUCCACACGGACAUCAUGGACGAAGCGAAGAAACGCGGAGGAAUUUUCGAUGGAGUUGUCGGGUCAUUGACGCCCGUGGAAGGACCCCAAGCACUGCGUAACCUGAAAAUAAAGUCUGCAGGUCCUUGGACUGUUUCCACGCACCACGUAGAAAGAGGGUAUCGUGAACAAAUGAGGAUUAUACUGCGAAGCUCCGAGAGUGACCAAGAACCUCAAGAGAUACAAAUGGAGGCAUCCCGAACAAACCCCUUGGGAUACAUCUAUAUCGGCGCAAGUCGGCCGUUUGCUCGACGAACUAAAAAGUUCUACCCCCGCGCCGUUGGCGAACCAAGUAGUGUACGGAAACGCUGGGCCAGCUCGUCUUAUCUGCUCAACCUUGUGGCUCCUGUUGUAUUCGGGUGCAUAUCUCUUCUCAUCGUGGGGGUAAUAUCUCGAUUCCAAAAAGGCAAACAUAGCACCUCCAUCCAACGAGGCUUCACCAUGUCGUGGCUGAUUAUUGGUAUGUUGUUUGGCGCUGUAACGAGAGCUAUGCAUUUCUUUCUUUCGCCCAAGAAUGACACGUUUGAGGCAGUAUGCUUGUGGAUGUUUUUCCCUAUCGUAUGGGGCAUUUUCCUUGUACCAGCUCUCGGGGGUAUUGUAGUUGUGUGUCAGAUGAUCGUUUCAUAUGGAUCAUGCACCCGAAUAGCAUAAUCGCUACAGAAUAGUGAAGUGCGCGUAUACAACAUGAG